UGCACCGAAGGCCGCGCGGGAGGAUUCUGGCAGAGCGCGGCGGGAGUGGCCCGGCAGACGCGAGGAGGCGGGGAGCGCCGGGCCAAAGAGCCUCAGCCAAUCAGCGUACACACCGCCUGACAACCGGCCAAUCAGCGGGCGCAGAGCUCGGGGGCCCGAGCGGAUAAUACUAGGAAAGGGAGCGGAGGCUGGCGACUGCUGUGAGGGGCGCUGCGUCGCACGCUACUGGGUACGCCCGCCCGCCCCGGGAGCUUGCGACCUGAACCUGGUCAAGGCGGCCCAACCUUCCUGUCCAGCUAGGGACAGAGAAAGCCAAAAGCAGCCUCAGCGAGGUGAAGCGCCCGGGGCUGCUGAGGACAGAUCAGAACUUUGCAGAGUCCGGGAUGUGCGGGGCGAAGUCGCUGAGGAUUUGACUCACCUUCUCCAUGCCCCUUCUCCUCCACUCCUCAUCCACUGGGCUCCGGGCCUCCAGCUGUCAACCCCCGAUUUCGUGACAGGGUGUGGCAACCCCGAUUUCUGUUUGCAAGCACAGCCAGCAGCCCAAGAGCAAGGUCCCAAGGCUGGAUAUCUUUUGCCUCGGCUGCUUAGCCGGGGCCUCAGAGUCUUGAGCGCAGGGGACUCAGCGUAGGCCCGGGCGAAGCGUGGUGCGUCAUGGCGGUCCGGCAGCCGGUUCCCGCAGUGGACUGGGAGAUCGACGUGGAGAGCCUGGGGCUGGAGGAGGACGGCUGCGAGGCGCCACCGCCCACGCCGCCCGGGCCCAGCCCGCCGCCGGCCGACAGGGACGGCGAGGAUGACGACGACGCGGAGGACGAGGACGACGACGACGCGGAAGACGAGGGCGAUGGCGAGGAGGCGGGCGCGUCCCCGGGGGUGCCGGGCCGGCCGGAGCAGCAGGAUACCCUGGCGCCGAGGCCGCCUCCGGCGCCGCAGGCCUCGCCGGCGCCGGCCGGGCCCCCGGAGCGCGACGCGAACGCGGGCGGCGGCGGCGGCGCGGAGCCGCGCAAGCUCAGUCGCACGCCCAAGUGCGCGCGCUGCCGCAACCACGGUGUGGUGUCCUGCCUCAAGGGCCACAAGCGCUUCUGCCGCUGGCGUGACUGCCAGUGCGCCAACUGUCUGCUGGUGGUAGAGCGGCAGCGCGUCAUGGCCGCCCAGGUGGCGCUCCGGAGGCAGCAGGCCACCGAGGACAAGAAGGGGCUUUCCGGGAAACAGAAUAAUUUCGAGCGCAAAGCCAUGUAUCAGAGGCAAGUCAGGGCACCCAGUUUGCUGGCCAAAAGCAUUUUAGAAGGCUACCGCCCCAUUCCAUCAGAGACUUAUGUGGGAGGGAGUUUACCUCUACCUCCCCCAGUAAGUGACCGGAUGAGGAAAAGGCGGGCCUUUGCUGAUAAAGAGUUGGAGAACAUUAUGCUGGAGAGAGAAUAUAAAGAGAGGGAGAUGUUGGAAGCUUCCCAAGCUGCUGCCUUAUUCCUGCCCAAUCGCAUGGUACAUGGUUCUGAGUACAACUCCUACAAAAGUGCCUACAGUCCCACGCCAGUGGAACCGCCAAGCAAAGACUUCUGCAAUUUUUUGCCCACCUGCCUUGAUCUCACCAUGCAGUACUCAGGGUCUGGGAACAUGGAACUAAUUUCUUCCAAUGUCAGCGUGGCCACGACUUACAGGCAGUAUCCCCUGUCCUCGAGAUUUUUAGUUUGGCCCAAGUGUGGCCCCAUUAGUGACACCCUCCUCUACCAGCAAUGCCUGCUGAAUGCGACCACGUCAGUUCAGGCCCUGAAGCCUGGGGCCAGCUGGGACUUGAAGGGAGUACGACUCCACGAUGGACUUGGAGCAGAUCAUGAUAUGAUGCCACCGAAACUGGAAGGUUCUCUGGUGCUGCCUCACACUCCUGAGGGCCAGAUCUCAAGAAGUGACCUUCAGGGUCACCAGGCCGUCCCCGAGAGGUCUGCGUUCUCCCCACCCCGACGGAAUUUUUUGCCCGUUGUUGACACGGACUCCCUGGCAGCUCAAGGGCACGUCUUAACCAAGAUCAGCAAAGAAAGCACCAGGCACCCUCUGCCACUUAAACAUAAUCCAUUCCACUCAUUAUUCCAGCAAACUCUUAAUGACAAAUCAGGUCCCGAGUUGAAAACAUCAUCUGUCAAAGAGGCCUUUGAAGAGGCCCCUAAGAAACCCAGAGAGUGUUUAGUCAAGGAGAACCAGAAGUACACAUUUACAAUAGAUAGAUGUGCAAAAGACCUUUUCGUAGCCAAACAAGUUGGAACAAGACUCUCAGUGAAUGAACCGCUGUCAUUUUCUGUUGAGUCUAUUCUUAAGAGGCCUUCGUCUGCCAUCACUCAUGUCUCUCAGUGAAAGGCUGCUUAAAUGGGAAGCUGGAUUUUCUGCAGUCUCAGAGGAUUCUUACCAGUCACUAAUUUUUUUUUAAAGAAAAAAGUUGAGAUGCUUGUAUAAAGAAAUUUCUAAUGUAAAUGAUGAUGAUUUUUAAAAAUUCUAUAUAUUCUUAUGCAUGUACUUUCCCUUACCACAUAAAUAUAUUUAAACUUAAAGAUGGAUAUUGCUGAUGUGCAAAUUGUGAAGUUUCAGGCUUUACAUAGCAUUUCAAAAAACAAUAAAAUUGACACUGUCUUCUAAAA